CGCUGGGGGCGCCGGGAGCCAGGGGGCGGGGCGGGGCGAGCGCAGGAAGCGACAGGCGUCGCGCGUGCGCGGUGGGCGGCCGCGCCGGGCCUGGCCAUGGCGGACGGGGUGCUAUUCCGGCGCGGCGCCGGGCAGAGCGACGACUCGGACAUCUGGGACGACACGGCGCUCAUCAAGGCGUACGACAAGGCGGUGGCCUCCUUCAAGAAUGCGUUAAAGAACGGGGAGUGUUCAGAGCCUUCAGACAAACAGGAGCAGUGCUUGGGGACGAAGAGAAAAAACAACAAAAAAAACCGAAGUAGAAAGAAAAGCAACACAAUGCCAUCAAAACAGUGGAAAGUUGGUGACAGCUGUAACGCUGUUUGGUCUGAGGAUGGCAAUGUGUACCUAGCAACUAUUGCCUCAAUUAAUCAGAAGAGGGGGACAUGCGUUGUUAUUUACACUGGAUAUGGGAAUAAGGAAGAGCAGAACCUGUCUGAUCUACUUCCUCCAGUCAGCGAUGAAACAGUAAAUGAGAUGGGGAAUUCUGGGGAGAAUGAAAACGAGACUCAGUAUUCAACAGAUGAAAGUGAAAAAUCUUUCCAGUCACCUCAAAACAAAAACUGCACAAAAGCUAGAUUCUCCCCUCAAAACUUACGUUUUCCCAUACCCCAUGCAGCUCCAGGCCUGGGAAAGCCUGGAUCAAAACUCAAUGCACCUCCACCAUUUUUAUCAUGCUGGCCCCCACCCUUCCCAACAGGACCACCGCUCAUUCCUCCUCCACCACCUAUGGGGCCAGACUCUCCUGAGGAUGAUGAAGCAUUGGGAAGUAUGUUGAUAGCCUGGUACAUGAGCGGUUAUCACACCGGGUAUUACUUGGGUUUAAAGCAGAGUCGAAUGGAAGCUGCCCUAGAGAGAGAACCCCAUCCUAAAUAACUGAAUAUCCAUCAUUGUCUUGAAGGAUUGUAAAAGCAUGAAGAAAAGGCAGGAACCCUGGAGGGGUGAGACAUCUGAAGGAACACGCAGCCACACGUGCAGCAAAUCAAGGUCCCGGCUACCUGAAAGAACUGCACCAAGUCAUUCUUUCCCUCUGCUUAUGAGGGCAAUUAGGUCUGCUGCACAUUUCCCCUGGUGGAAUAUUACUCCAUAAUGUCACUCUUCUUAUGAUUAGAAGUCAUCACCUAAUUCACAGGCUAAAGUCAUUCACUGCCAGUUCAAACUGUUUCCCUUUUCUGGCAUUAUUGUCCUUUAGCUUGUGACAUCAGACAAAUACAAAUUAUUAUUAUUAUUAUAUAAGCCCAGAUUAGGGCUUCCUCCUUUCUAAAAAUAUACCCUACUUGCAGUUCUUCAAUUUGAGAGGAAUGGAAUGACCAUAUGAGAAGUGGUCAUUCCAUUUCAGUUCCCUUACUCCAGCUUUUGCAAAAUCCAUUCUGAUUUUGCAACUGUGUUACUCUCCUUGUUGAAAGCUAACAUAAGAUUUUAGAUACCAGGGCUACCUUUAACCUGUGUCCCAUCUGCAUUCCACAGUGGAUCUUCUACUUGUUCUGUGUUUAUAUAGCCAAUAAACUUGGUACAAACCUAUAUAGAAAAACUCGGCUUUGGCAAGAGUGGUGGCUUUGACACACGAUUUUGCUGGCCAAGUUUUAAAAGAAUCCAGUCGAACUCCUCCAUCCUCAAAGAUAAUCAAGAUGGGAUCACCUUUGCAAUCACAGAUAUUUGAUAUGAGGGAAAGCUUUGGUCUACUAUCAGACUCUAAAGCAGGGGCAGAACUAGUUUACAAAUAUAUCUGUCAGGCUCACAGCAAAGCAAAAACAUUACAACAAAAACGUAUCUUACAGAGAACUCUAAAUAUGUAUUAUUAGUUUAUACCACAGAUAAGAAUCUUUGUUUUUCUUUCGAACCCUUCAGGUUUCAUUUAUUUGUCCUCUUUCACACACACACAGGCAAAUGCAAGUUAGAAAGGUCUCCUUAAGCUGCACAUUUAACACGGCUACAGAAAACAAAUUUUUACUUGUAGCAAAGGUUUCGGAAAUACAGAACCUAUAAUCUUUCACUCAUGUAAUCUUGUUUCAAGAAAAAAUAAAAACAACAAUCUAGAGCAGCUUUCAUUGUUAAUGGUGAUCUACAGUAACAAAUACGAAGGCAAUGGUUUUUAACUUAGGGCUGAAUAAAAGCCAAUAGAGGUUUCUGUUCCUUUUCACCAAUGGGCAGCCUACAUAUAGGCAACCAGUUUGGAUAUGCACCAAAAUAAAAGCGAAACAAACUCCACUGAGAGUAUGUAAUUAUAUAUAGGUUUGGGGAUGGGAUUCUUCUUUGGGUUUGAGGGUAUUGAAAAUCAGGGUCAAGGCUUAAUUUGCCUGUCUUCAAGUCCCAGAUAGAUCCUCCAUGCAAAAAAAAAAAAAAAAAAAAAAAAAAAAAAAAAAAAAAAAAAAAAGAAAA